GCUGCUAGCCGCUUUGCCGACUUGAACUCGCCCAUUGACAUUAAAAUAGUGAGAGGAAGUCGAUUAUACAUUUAUACAUUAAUAAAAUAAAGAUUUCUGGAUCUUUUUUUUCGAUAUUUUGAAAGAUCGUGAGGGAGAUACGUUAUUUUUGGGUGAAUUAGGUGCGGAAGUUCUGCGGAAUCUGCGACGUGGAUAAAAAUGGAAGGCGAGACAAAGCACAAUAUCGAUAAACUCGUCGAUGAUUUGAAGUGUGUCGUAAGACUCGAAGCCUCGCAAGAGGAAUGCAAUAUUGUUCAGAUUCUGGAUUCUGUAGUAAAUGUUAGCAAAACGUCGAUCGGAGAAACUACCGAAUUAGUCAUUGAUGAUGUCUUCUUGACACUACUUAGACACAAAUCUAAACAAAUCAUAGCAAAGACUGCUAAAGCUAUUGCGGAGAUAGCAAAGACUGAUCGCGGGAGAGAGAAAUGUACCAGUUUUGAAUUAAUACGGACCUUGAUUGAUUUGCUAAAGGAAGAAGAUAUAGACAUAUUGACACAGACUUCCAGAGCUCUAGGAAAUAUCUGCUAUGAAAAUGAGAUUGGUAAAAAUCUGGUAACAGAACAGGAUGGUUUGAAAGUAAUUCUAGCACUACUGAAGAAAGGAAUUUCCCUAGGUAAUGUUGAAGGUGCGAGCUUCCUGAGGAAUGUGGCUGCUGGAGUUUUAUUGAAUUUUUUGGUGGAUCAGGAAAUGUUAUACAGAAAAGCACUAGAGGAAGAUAUGGUACCAAUUAUUUGCAGUAUUUUAGAAGAAGAUGGAAUAAAUGGUGAUGAAUCAGCAGUACAAGUAUUACUCACUCUUGGCAUAUUGAACGAUGUAAAUAUUAUAUUUCUCAAUGAGAGAUUGACAAGAAUUUUGGUUGAUACACUGGCUAGUGACACUUCCUCUGAGCUAUCUGAGAUGUGUUUAGAAAUCUUACAUGGCCAAGCAGAAGAUGAAAAUGCGAAGCUGUUAUUGGCUAAGGCAGGAGUAUGUGAAUUGCUCCUGAAACUGUUAGAGAAACAUGGUCCACAAUGCACCGACGAAGAAACACGAUCAAUUCUUAAAGUCGCCUGUAACUUGAUUGUUUUGAUUUUAACUGGAGAUGAAAGUAUGAAUUUCCUUUACGAUGAUGGCAAGGGUCCUGUAUACAAGAAAUUAAUAGAAUGGCUAGAGAGUAUUGACGAGGAUUUGCAGAUCACCGCUGUUUUAGCCAUGGGCAAUGUUGCGCGAACUGACAUACAUUGCAAGCGCAUGGUGGAACAGGGUAUUCAUCGGAAGCUGUUAAAAAUUCUCGAAAGAAAUGGCAACAAAUCUGGCGAUAUUAGAUGUCAACACGCUUUACUCAGCGCAUUACGCAACCUCGUUAUACCUGCAGACAAUAAAUCGUUAAUUCUUGCCGAUGGUCUGAUCGAUGUGUUGUAUCCAAUGCUGGAAAUCCCUACCUAUCCCGUCGUUUUCAAAUUACUGGGAACGCUUAGGAUAGUCAUAGAUGGUCAAAAAGAAGCAGCAAUUUCUUUAGGACGAAGAGAGGACUUGAUUAAGCGAGUAGUUGAGUGGUGCAGUACUGAGGACCACCCUGGUGUACAGGGUGAAGCCAACCGAUUAAUUGCCUGGCUAAUAAAUAAUAGCAGGGACAAGCAGGUUUCUUUAUCAAUAAUCAAGUACGGUGCGGUGCAGCACCUAGUAGAUAUGCUUUUAGCGCAACACACGCUGAUGCAAAACGAAGCAAUCAUGGGUCUUAAUUUGUUAACUGUAAUUUGUCCGACGGAAUCUGAAGAGCUAUUGAUCAAAGCAGAUUUUGGACGCAAUAUGUGCGAAUUGUUUGCACGCUCCCGUGAGCUUGACGUACACAUCAUGCUAAAUGCGUUAUCAUUAUUGAAUCGCGCUCUGGAAUUAGGUAUCCCAAAGAUCUAUCCAGAAAAGAAAGAAUUAUUUGAUCGACCGACAAUUUUAUGUGCCAUCUGUUUUAGACCAAUUGAAGGAGCAUCUUACGAGCUAUGGAUUAGCCAAUGCAUGCAAACUACAAUGCCACAUAAAUGAAAACACUGUCACGGAAUUACAGACUCGAGUUACCAAUUCGUGAGCGGCGCUGGGUACCAUCUUGGAAACUAACUAAGGAUAAUGAUGAUGAUGAUGACAAUGACAAUGACCAAUUCCAAAACACAUUCUUAAGCGCCAUUCCCUACAUUGUUGUAUCUUCCAUCAUUCCAAAGAACCAAGAAAUGCAAUCUUCAAUGACCAAAUUGUUCCCCAACUUAAUUCACAGAU